AUGAAUCCCAAGCUGAUCAAGGUUCCCCGCGUGGACCUCGAUGAUGACCAUGAGUACGUUCUGUUGCACAUCGCGCCGACUGGACGGAAGACACUAGAUCUCGAAUUGAUUGGAACCGACAAUGAAACAGCGUUUGUCUCUUCUUUGAAGCAUAGUCAGCUGUCGAAAUUGAAGGAGAAGAAGAUCAACGCGGAAGAAUGGGAGCAAGUGCUGUAUGCUCUUCUGCUGGGUACAGAUCCGGAAGGGAAGCCCGUCUCCCCCGGAGAAGGUGUAGAAGCCGUGGCAUCUAUACAGGCGGGGGCGAAAUCACUUACAAUCAUCAUACAACGGAAUAUCGAAGGAAUCACGCAAAAAUUCGGGACGUUAGUCCUUCCAAGAGGACCCGAUGACGCUGCUGAUUUCUAUGAUUGGUGUUCCGAGAGUGUCUUGGAGAAUACCAAAAUUGCGCAGGAGCUACAAGCCUCGAACUUGAAACUGGAUGAAAAGGAUGCACAGAUCAAGAAGUUGGAGGUUGCCUUGGCAGAAUUGGUCCAGUUAAAGAAUGAUAACGACACACAACUGCUCGAGAAAUUCUCCCUUCUACUCAACGAAAAGAAGCUAAAGAUCAGAGAUCAACAAAGGCUUUUACAGAGCUCAAACGUUGACCCUACCCAAGUCGCGGAAUUGGAAGAGGCUCGAUCAAGAUCACGAUCUGCCGGCCCGUCACGGAAAGGCAAAAGGAAAGCGGGAGCGGUUGAGGAAGAGUCAGACGAUGGUUUCGAGAAGAUGGAUGUUGAUAACAAGCCCACUACAGAGGAUUCAGAUCAAGAACCAGCGAAGAACCUAGACGAUUCUACGGCAGAUGAGGAGACAGCGGACGAAGCCUCCGAGGACGAUCAUGAACCAGCAGCGCCACCUCCAAAGAGAAAGACACCCGCAAAGCAAGAGCAAAAUAGUAGUCAAGCAUCCAGCUCGAAGACGCUUCAAGAACUGGAACCGCCACCGAAACGAGAGCUACCUUUUGCCAAAAAGCCUCCUGCAAAGGCACCAGCGCCGCCCCCUGCGGCUGGAUCGGAGACAGAGUCGGACGAUGAACUUUGA